AUGGGAAUUUCCCACCUCGGCAUCUAUGUCAAAGAAGGUGAUCUGGACAAGAUGACCGAAUGGUACCUCGCCGUUCUCGCCCCUCUUGGCUACAGAUUACAUAAGGACAUUCGACCGCACGCCCAGGUCAUUGGAAUCGGCGCCACCUAUCCAGACUUUUGGAUCGCAACUGGACUUGAACAAAAGGAUAUGCCCAAGCAGACCCUUCAUAUCGCGUUCACAGCAAGUACUCGCCAGCAAGUCAGAGACUUUCACGCACUUGCCAUGAAAUUGGGUGCAAAGGACAAUGGUGGUCCUGGCUUGCGACCACAAUACACAAGCACCUACUAUGGCGCAUUCGUCUUCGAUCCAGAGGGACGUAACAUCGAGGUUCACACCAUCCUCCCCGAAGUCUGGACCGAACAUAGACAAAGAGCGCUCCUCCUUGGUGGCGUUGGUGCUUUGGCGGCUUUCGGGCUUAGCUACUUUACUAGUGUUGGGGUUUACUUGCGCCACUUACUCUUGUAG